UUUAUUUAGCAUAAUCCUCUAUCCUUAAUCCUUUCCGCAUUAAUAUGGGCAAUUGUUGCUCUCAAGGUACGGAAGAUAAUGGAAAGGACAAAGGCUCUUCUGAUAAUAACGCUGGCAAUAAUGCUGCCAUCGAUAGUUCCACAGCUCAUCCUAAAACUACUCCUCCUACUCCCAAUCCUGGUCCCACCUCUUCCUCCAAGCCUUCCACCAAGGCUAAUAGUGGCGGAGGAAGCAGCGGUCCUAUUGGACCCGUGUUAGGCCGUCCCAUGGAAGAUGUUAAGAACACUUAUACCAUUGGAAAAGAGCUCGGGAGAGGGCAGUUUGGUGUUACACAUUUGUGUACGCAUAAGGCGACGGGUGAACAAUUUGCUUGUAAAACUAUAGCAAAAAGGAAGCUUAUUAAUAAGGAAGAUAUUGAGGAUGUUCGGAGAGAGGUUCAGAUUAUGCAUCAUUUAACGGGUCAGCCGAAUAUUGUGGAACUCAAAGGAGCUUAUGAGGAUAAAAAUUCAGUUCAUUUGGUGAUGGAGUUGUGUGCUGGAGGAGAGCUCUUUGAUAGGAUUAUCGCAAAGGGUCAUUACACUGAACGUGCCGCUGCUUCCUUGUUGAGAACGAUCGUUCAAAUCAUACAUACUUGUCAUUCUAUGGGGGUCAUUCAUCGAGACCUUAAACCCGAAAAUUUCCUUCUUCUCAACAAGAAUGAGGAUUCUCCUCUCAAGGCCACCGAUUUCGGUCUCUCUGUGUUUUACAAGCCAGGAGAAGUAUUCAAGGAUAUUGUUGGCAGCGCAUAUUACAUUGCACCUGAAGUUUUGAAGAGGAAAUAUGGACCGGAAGCUGAUAUUUGGAGUAUUGGUGUCAUGCUCUACAUUCUUCUUUGCGGUGUUCCUCCUUUCUGGGCAGAAUCCGAACAUGGGAUAUUCAAUGCAAUAUUGCGUGGUCACAUAGAUUUUUCAAGUGAUCCAUGGCCUUCAAUAUCACCCCAGGCGAAGGAUCUUGUUAGGAAGAUGCUCAAUUCUGAUCCUAAGCAGAGGCUGACUGCCAUUCAAGUUCUAGAUCAUCCAUGGAUCAAGGAGGAUGGAGAAGCACCAGAUGUUCCUCUGGACAAUGCAGUUAUGAGUAGGCUCAAACAGUUCAAGGCAAUGAACAAGUUCAAGAAAGUUGCCCUCAGGAUCAUUGCUGGAUGUCUAUCUGAAGAAGAAAUCAGGGGGCUGAAGGAGAUGUUCAAGAGCAUAGACACUGAUAACAGUGGAACUAUUACACUUGAAGAGUUGAAACAAGGACUUGCUAAGCAAGGAACUAAGCUUUCUGAGUACGAAGUUCAACAAUUGUUGGAUGCUGCUGAUGCAGACGGUAACGGUACCAUCGACUACGAUGAAUUCAUCACUGCAACAAUGCAUCUCAACAGAAUGGAUAGAGAAGAACAUCUUUAUACAGCCUUCCAACACUUUGACAAAGACAAUAGCGGGUACAUCACCACUGAAGAACUAGAACAAGUUCUCCGUGAAUAUGGCAUGAGUGAUGGAAAAGACAUCAAGGAAAUCAUUUCUGAAGUUGACAAUGAUGAUGAUGGUCGGAUCAACUAUGAAGAAUUUGUGGCGAUGAUGAGAAAAGGAAAUCCAGAGGCAAAUCCGAAGAAGCGGCGCGAUACUGUUUUUGUUUGAUGUCUUGUCCUAAACGGAAUGACCGUCUUAUGAAAGAAUUAUAAUGGUGUGUGAUUGGGAAAAUGGAAAAGGAAAUGGGAAAAAAGAGCUAGCAUAUAUGGCAUGUACAUCAGAAGGGAUAGUCAAUAUUGUAUAAUAUUUGAUGCAUGCAUAGAUGCUUACGUAAAUUUUCCUACCUCUACAUGGGGAGAUGGCUAAACACUAAG